AUGAAGCAGCUGGUCUCCGACGUGGUAGAUAGCAACGCCCUCAGCGGUGCCUUCGCGACGGCCGCGUCGGCAGCACCAGCUGCCAUCGAGGCAGCCAUCCAGCGAAAGGCCGAAGAGACCAGCCGGGCCGAAGCCAAGUACUCCACCUGGCCCCAGUUCCUCGCCGCUUUCGUCGUGAACCUGAACACGUUCGCGUACGGAGCGGGCGUGGGCUGGACGACGAUGGCGCUGCCGCAGCUGCAGUCCGCCGAGGCGGGGCUGCGCGACCCGCCGCUGACGACGGACGAGGUCUCCUGGGUGUCGUCGCUGCAGCCCAUCGCGGCGCUCGUCUUCACCCCUCUCUACUGCGGCCUGACGGCGCGCAUCGGCCGCAAGGCGCUCGGCUACCUGACCAUCGCGCCGCUGAUGCUCACCUGGAUACUCAAGAUAGCCUCCUCCUCCACCAUCGUCCUCUAUGUCGCCAGGGUGGCGGCCGGGGCGAACGCGGCCGGGUCGCUGGUGCUGCCCUCUAUCUACGUGAGCGAGAUCGCCAGUGACGACGUGCGCGGCGCGCUGGGCAGCUUCCUGGCGCUCGCCGGAAACUCGGGCAUCCUCUUCGCUUACAUCGUAGGCGCUUACCUCACUUACGACGUCGUCCUCUACGUCUGUCUCCUCCUAGUGGCACUCUACGUCGUCACUUACUUCUUCAUGCCAGAAACUCCGUUCUGGUUAAUGAGUGCUCGGAAGUACGAAGACGCCAAGAAGGAGUGUAUUUUGGUAUCACAUUCGACCGCACUGUAUCUUACUAAAAACUUCUGGAAAACUCAUCAGCCAAGACAAACAAUCGCGACAUCAUUCACAGACUGUGUGACACAACCUGGAGACUUUGCGUACGCUGGCUCUGGCACUGGUUUUUUCGAGAGCCAGGCCCAUGGGGCGGCGGUGGGCGGCCGACUGUGCUCCGCCGUCAGCCUGAUCGGCAUCUCGCUCGUCAUCGUGGUCGCCAUCAACCAGCAGAUGGGCGGCCUCUUCGCCGUUGUCAACUACGCCGUCUUCAUCUUCCAGGCGUCCGGCAGCUCUCUAUCGCCAGAGCUCGCGGCCAUCGUCAUAGGUCUGCUACAGGUGGCUGGUGGUGUUGCAUCUGCGCCGCUCAUGGACCGAUUGGGACGUCGCGUCAUCUUGCUACUUUCCAACGUGUGCGUCGGGGUCUCGGUGGCGGUGCUGGGCGUGUACUUCUACCUCAGGACGGAGACCGACGUAGACGUCUCACUGAUAGGCUGGCUGCCCGUCACGUGCCUCUCCGUCUACCUGCUGAUGAUGGCGUUCGGGCUGGGUCCGCUGCCGUACAUACUGCUGUCAGAGAUCGUCGCUCCUCGCGUCAGAGGCGUGGCGUCCGUCCUGGCUUUCAGCGCCAUCUGGGGGUCGGCGGCGCUCAUGACCAAGCUCUACCCACUCAUGUCGGAGGCCAUGGGCGUCCACGGCACCUUCUGGUUCUUCGCGGCUAUCUGCCUCGCGUGUUCGAUCAUCGGGCUUUCAACGCUGCCCGAGACGAAAGGACGACCGCUGGAGGAUAUUCUGAGGGAUCUCAAAGGUGGCAAGGAAACUGUAGACACAGUCUCGUAGUUAUGAUUAUGUUCGGUACAGAACCUUCAUACGCGUAAAAAAAAAGUACUGCACCACUCGCAGAUGAUUUCCGGGACGGUAUGCUCUACAUACGUCAACUGGACAGUUUCGUCGUAGCCCAGAUGCGUGUGUCGAUCUCUGUCCAGAACAAGCUUUGAUGAUUGUCAGUCACGUUCAACGAAUGACAAUGAACUCGUUGACAGAGAUUACAAGUCUUUGUCCAGGAACUUCAGCCUGUUUUUGGGCUAUAUUUAUAUAAUUUCCUUAUAGCUUUUGAAACAAUAGUCACUGGGUAUAAACGAACGUUUCAUUUCUCCACACAUCUGUUGCAUCCUAUGUCCCUGCUGGAAAUGAUGUUCUGCGUUGCCCCUGAUGCCAGAUCCAUAACGUUGUGGUGAAUUUGGGGCCGUGAAGCGUGUCAUCGACAGACAAAAAAUGUGACAGUCUCUCUGCACUAAGCGUGGGUUAUACGAUGAAUAUGAAACAAUCCACUGCGUAGUAUUGCUCCUGCUGUGUGGAGAAAUGUGCUGUCUUGAUGCAACGAGACUUCUUCGGACGACAUUGACCUUCGUUUGUUGCGAAUCGGAGAAGUACAGAGUAUCCAGAACGUAUUUUUACUCUGCGGGGCAGUACGCGCUGAUUUGAAACUUCCUGGAAAAUCAAAUCUGUGAGCCAUCUGGACUCAAACCCGGCACCUUCGCCUUUCACGAUCAAGUGCUCUACUGACUGAGCUUUCCAUGCACGAUUCACAACCAGCUCUCACUGCCGCCGCAGAAGAACAUCUGUGACGUUCGGAAGGUUCUAGAUCAGGUGCUGGCGGAAGUAAAGCUGCGAGAUAGGGUUGUGAUUCGUCGUGGGAUAUCUCAGUAGCUCCAUGACUUGCCUGUGAAAGGUAAAGGUCCCAAGAUCGAGUACAUGUCCGGCACUCAGUUUUAGUUGAUAAAAGAUGCUGUGUGGUCUGAAAUAUUUUAGCGACGGCAAACGUUUAUAAUGUGGUGGAUUUUAUCCACUUGACAUCUAGUACAUGAGGUCAGCGUAAAAUGAACAUGGUUUACUACAAAAAAAUGUGUAAGAUCUAAAGAUGACAGCUAAGACUGUUGAAAGCGGUUGUCUUCAAUAAAAAAAAUUUUUGUGUGAUCUUGGCCUUUGAAUGGUUUUUAGCAAAUAAAAUAGACUGCCCUUCAGUAUUCCCAUAAUGAGAAAAAUCAAUCACACAGUUUUAAUCUGGCAGGAAGUUUCAAGCGUAGAGUAUCUCCACUAUAUCUAUCCAUCGAUAUAGCAUUUAUAGCACGUUGUUUCCGGAUGGUGCAGCCUCGGAAUGGAGAACCCAUAUGUGCGCCAUUGUAUCGGAAAGAAGAUUCAGAUUUAGAGCCACGUGCACAACGAGGUCAUUGCAGACUCAGAACAAGGUCUGUGGUCGAUGUGAGAAAAGAGAUCAGCCAUCCUUUCUUCAG